AUGUCUCACCAUGCCAGCGGCGGCGAGAACGGCGCCGAAGCCGGCGCCCACGCCCACGACCCCGCGCUCGACCUCGAGCACAUCGCAGUGCCGCGCGUCGUGCUCGUGCCCGACGCGCACGGGCCAGGCGCGACGCCGCGCACCGAGCGGACGUACCUCCCGCGGCGUGUCGCCGUCGCCCCUGCUGCCCCUCCGCCGGUCGGCAGCACAGCUGCUCACGCAGCCAUGUCAAUCCCGCACAUCCUCGACGGCGUCCUGUCGCACCUCGACACCUCCACCCUCUUAACGAUCCGCAGCCUCUCCUCGUCCCUCCUGGCCGCCGCGGCGGCCCACCUGGCCCCGCACCUCCUCUUCAUGCGCGACGGCGCCAAGCUCGCCAUCGUCUCACCGCGGGGGCGCGUGCCCGCGCUCCCAGUGUCCGAGUAUCUCGAGUGGGAUGGCUCCAACUGGGCCGAGAGCAUGGGUACCCCGGCGACCGUCGGCAUCGUGCGGAACGCCGCGCUCGCGCUGCAGCCGACGAGCCUGCUCGACACGCUGGGCGAUGUCUCCCGCCCGGCAUCGCGGAUCGCGCGCGGCCUCGUCCGUGUCCGGUGUGUGCGCUACGCGCCGGACGCAGCGGGGCGGUACACGACGCGUCUGGCCCUGCCGCACGCGCGCACGGCAGUGGUGUACGCUGCUGCCUGUGCGCCCGGCGACCUGUCCGCCGCGAGCGUCGUGCUCGGGGCCAGCGUCCGCAGGCUGGUCGUCUGCCCUGCCGGCGCGGCGGCCCUGCCGGAGCUCAGCAGCGGCGGCGGCGGCGGCGGCGCACUGUCGGACGUCGUCGUCCGCCUGUCUGACCUUGAGGACGGGUACGCCCCCGAGGACAUUGGCGAGCGGCGCGCUUGGCUCGCGCGCGUUGUCGCCGACCUGCGCCGCCUGGCACCGCUUGCACGGCUUAGCGUCGUCGACCUCGGCGCCGUCAAGGCGAGCUUUUGGGGAUACAAACGCAUGGCGCCGGCCGGCGUGCGUGCGCACCUGAGGCACGACGUGCUGGCGCCUGCUGUGGCCGGGGUGGAGAGCAUCAGGUGGCUUAGUUCGGAUGAGUAUGCCGCAGAGGUUGGGUCAGCCCAGGUCGCCCUCGAGACGGCGCCGUGGUGUGGCGGGCGGUGA